AUGGAUGGUACUGUUUUGGAUAAUCCUACUCUUUAUCGACAGUUAGUUGGAGGUCUCGUCUACUUAACUGUCACCCGACCAGACAUCGCCUAUCCAGUUCAUGUACUUAGCCAGUUCUUAUCACCUCUUCGUACUACUCACUAUGCGGCAGUUCUUCGCAUUCUUCGCUACAUCAAAGGCACCCUAUUUCAUGGCCUUUGUUUUUCUACACAUUCAUCUUUGUCCAUUCAAGCAUACUCCGAUGCUGAUUGGGCUGGUGAUCCCAGUGAUCGUCGCUCAACUACUGGCUACUAUUUGUUUCUUGGUGACGCUCUCAUCUCUUGGCGUGCUAAGAAGCAAACGUUCACUGCUCGAUCAAGCACAGAAACUGAGUACCGUGAUUUCGCUGACACCACUACUGAGGUUGUCUCGAUUUGUUUGCGUCUCAAAUAUUUGGGUGCUCCUCAAUCGUCCUCUACUAAUGUUUUUUUGUGA